GACAGUUCGGCGCGAACCCCCUUCGGCAAUCUGGCACGUCAAGCCGGGCUGCAGCAGCUCGGUCAGCACCGGCCUUGACGGCACAUGGGCGGCAAGAUGGACGACAUCACUGUCGUCGCCUGCGUGGUGGUGAAAAUCUGAGCGUCGCCGCGUUGGUGGAAGUGUUCUGGUUGGGCGAAGAGAAGAGUUGUUCG